AUGGGCUAUGUGACCUCGGGUUAUCCAUCGAGGCCUCAUAAAAGAUUGCUUCCAAUCAAUCAGAAAGUUUAUUACGAGAACUUGACUCCUAGUGAUGAACGCGACAAAAUCAGACUUCCGAGAAAAAAGCCAAGAAUUGCUAAGAAAAGAUUAACUUUGAACUCUUUGCCUCAAGACAUCAUCCAGAAAAUAUUCAUAUACUCCGGAAAAAACAAUUCUUUACCAUUCCUGAAUCGAUUCUUCUAUGUAUCUCUUCGCCCUAAUGGAAUUCUUAUCGAAGGUUAUAUUUGGGAGAACUACAUCUCUGAUUUGAACGAACUUCUGCCAGAAAAUGAUUUUGUACCUAUACUUGACUCUAAUGUAUUUCAGAAUGGAAUUCUUCUAAAGUACCUCAAUGAGAAUUCCAGCGUUCUCGAUUCUGUGUUUAAUGUGGUCAAGCAAGAUUCCAUAAAAGCACUCCAAAGAGAACGGCUCGUCCUUUAUGAGGAUGGUAACUUAUCAGAUAUUCGAGGCAGUCAUAUCUUAGUUAAUCAUGAUCUCGACUCGGAUAAGCCUCUUCAAGACUUCCCUCACGCUUUCUAUAAUUGCCCAAUCCUUUUCUUUCACAAUGAUAUUCGUGAAAAGCCUCCGGUUUACAAUCAAUUCCUUUUGAAACUGCAUUCAUAUUUCACGGUAAAGCAAGCAUCUUGGCUUUGUGAAAUGAUAGUUGAAUGGUUUUUCUGGAAGAAUGAUGGCGAAUUUGGGAUCAAUCAUCUAUUUUACGCUCUGAAUCUUGUGUUACACUUAUCUGACCUAUCAACUCAUUCAUUUCAUAAUGCGGACGUGCUCAUAAGUCUUAUCGUAAAUUUAUACUUGGAACAGCCACUGAAUCUUCAGAAGCUUCUUUUAUGUGAGGGAUUUCAAGAUGAGAAAUCAAUAUUGGACCGUAAAGCAAGGAUAAUCGGUAAAUUCAUCAAGAAAUUUUACCGUGAUAUGCGCUCAGUUUUAUCUAAUGAUAAUUUAUGGAUGAUCUUACAUCAGAUCAAAGAGCCAAGCCUUGCUGAGGUCAUUACACAUUAUGGCGGGGCUCCAAGCUUCAGGGUUCUUCGGUGA